AUGGGGUAUGGGUUAAGAGGAAUAAUUUUGUCACUAACUAUAGUGACAACUUUGUUUUCACCAUCAUUUGCUAAAACAUGUGCAACCUAUGCAUUUGCCAGCAACAAAGUAUUUAGUGCUUGCAAUGACCUCCCGGUUUUGAACUCUUUUCUCCAUUACACAUAUAACCCAUCAUCCAAAACACUGAAAAUCGCAUACCGCCAUACGAAUGUUGGUCUGUCGCGAUGGAUCUCAUGGGCCAUUAAUCCAACUUCUGAAGGCAUGGUUGGGUCACAAGCAAUUGUAGCUUUCCAACAAGAUGAUGGGAAGAUGAAGGUGUACACAUCAUCUAUUAGAAGCUAUACAACGCGGUUGCAAGAAGGAGACUUGAGUUUUCCGGUUUCUGACCUGUCUGCAACAUAUACAAAAAAUGAAAUUAUUAUUUUUGCGACUCUGGGUCUACAUAAUCUGAGUACCAACCUGAAUCAACUUUGGCAAGAUGGUCAAGUUUCAAGAAAUUCUCCUAUGGCUCAUGAUACUUCUGGUAAUAAUACUAAGUCUAUGGGUACGCUAAACGUUCUUGGCCAUUCUCGGAGUGCAUCAGGAAUUGCAGGAAGCGGUUCUAAAACUAAGAAACGAAACAUCCAUGGUGUACUAAAUGCAAUAAGUUGGGGCAUUAUGAUGCCUCUAGGAGCUAUAAUGGCAAGAUACAUUCGGGUUUUUGGGUCAGCUGACCCUGCUUGGUUUUACCUCCAUGUUACUUGUCAAACCUCUGCAUACAUCAUUGGAGUCGCGGGCUGGGCCACUGGACUUCAACUAGGUAGCCAGUCUCCGGGUAUCCAAUUCACAACUCACAGAAUCAUCGGUGUCAUCCUCUUUUUUGUGGCUACCCUCCAGGUAAUUGCUUUGCUUGUAAGGCCAAAAAAGGAUCACAAAUACAGAAUCUUUUGGAACAUCUACCACCAUUCACUCGGCUAUGGGGUUAUCGUUCUCGGAAUCAUUAACAUAUUCAAAGGUUUCGAUAUCUUGAACCCGGAUAUGAAAUGGAAGAGAUUUUACACCGGGAUCAUCGUAAUCUUAGCAGCAGUAGCAUUGGUGUUGGAAGUUUACACAUGGUUUGUUGUUGUCAAGAGAAAACAAGCUGCUAAAACAGAGAAAAUGAGUAAUGGUAGAAAUGGCCAUCAUGGAUAUAUAUAGUGGGGGUUACAAAUGGUCGGGUUUGAGUGACAUAUAUGCAGUUUAUUAGCUAUGAUUUUGAUACUAUAAUACGAGCAAUAAGUUAUUUUUACGGAGUAUAAUGUAUGGGUGUAUUAUUUUUGGUGAAUCCUUUGGCUUAGUUAUAUGGUAUUGAAAUAGUGGGAGUUGUUUCGAAUUAAAGUACUGGCGUAGUUUAUGUUUA